UCUGUCUCCUCUUCCCCUCAAAAGUCACAAUUACAAUUAAUUAACUUCUCCUUUGUCUUGCCCACAAAAAAAAAAAAAAACCCUUCUUCUUUGUGGAGCAACAGAGAAAGAAUCAAAUCCUCAACCGCAAUUGGAAGCCCUCAGCAGCCAUGGACCCCUGCCCCUUCAUCCGGGUCAUAGUCGGAUCCUUAGCGCUAAAAUCCCCGGUAUCACCCAAACCCGCUUUCUCAGCCGUCCACCCGUCCUCUUCCCCUUGCUUCUGCGAAAUCAAGCUCAAAAACUUCCCUUCCCAAAUCACAUCAAUACCAUCGCCACAGCCCACUUGCUUCAACCUAUCCAAAACCCAAUUCGACAAACUGGUUCACAAGUCAAACUGUCUCUUGAAAAUCAAGAUCUACACGGGUCAGAGCGGGAAGAGUUGCGGGUUCAGUUCGGGUAAGCUUUUGGGGAGCGUUGCGGUGCGUUUGGAUGGGAAAACAGUGGAGAGUAACAGAAGUGUUGUGGUGCAGAAUGGGUGGGUUUUGGUUGAUGAAGCAGCGAAGGGGAAAAGGGAGGCUAUGCAGUUGCAUUUGAAUGUGAAGGUGGAACCCGACCCGAGAUUUGUGUUUCGGUUUGAUGGGGAACCCGAAUGCAGUCCUCAAGUGUUUCAGGUCAACGGGAAUGUGAGACAGCCUGUUUUUACUUGCAAGUUCAGCCUCAGAAAUUCCGGUGACCACGUUCAAAGAUCCAGGUCAUCAGUAUUAGAGCCAAGCACCUCAUUGAAGUGGCUGAAUUCACUCAAAGCGGGCAACAAAGACCAACCCGUUAAAGAAAGAAAAGGAUGGUCCAUUACGAUCCACGACCUAUCUGGUUCGCCCGUGGCCGCGGCCUCAAUGGUGACCCCGUUCGUCCCUUCACCGGGCACGGACCGGGUCAGCCGGUCCAACCCGGGCGCGUGGCUCAUCCUCCAACCCGGCGACAACACAUGGAAGCCGUGGGGCCGACUCGAGGCGUGGCGCGAACGUGGUAGCCGAGGCGGUAACCACCUCGGUUACCGCUUCGACCUCCUCCCCGACGCGGCAGUAGCCGGGGGCGGGGACGCCCCCCUCACCGUUGUCAGCUCCACCCUCAGUGCAAAAACCGGAGGCAAAUUCGUUAUCGAUAUCGGCGCCGGCGCGUCACCGGCGUCCAGCCGGAGCAGCAGUUUCGAUCUCGAGUCGGGUGACGAAUCCGGGUCCGGGUCCGCGUCUUGGGCGGAGUUGCUGUACAGGGGGUUCGUGAUGUCGUCGACGGUGGAGGGCGGCGGGAGGCAUGCGGAGGUGGAGGUGGGGGUGCAGCACGUGGCGUGCACGGAGGACGCGGCGGCGUUCGUGGCGGUCGCGGCCGCGAUGGAUCUGAGCGUGGAGGCUUGCCGGCCGUUUAGUCAGAAUCUGCGAAAGGGUUUGAAGGGGUUGAGGCGGCAGCAGAGUCAGGAGUUUGUCGUUUGAUGCGGAUUCCCGUGUCGUUUUGGUCACUGUGGCUACCGUCCGGUCCGGUGGUUGGAUUUUUGGGUUCUUUUUAUUAACCAACAGCGAUUUUUAGCUGUUUUCCCUUUCAAAAUUACUAUCAGGAGAGACAAUGAACCCGAUGUGUACAGUGAAUCGACACACCAAUUUUUAGGAAAUUUUUUAUUUAUUUAUUGGGGGAAGUCGUAAUUUGUAUAUUUAUUGGUUUUGUAUUCAUCAACUUAUUUAUUUGUAUAUUCAUUAAUAAUAAUUUAGUCAUUUCUCUUA